CUCUUGGCCGGACACCGCACAGCGGCUGCACUCGGGGUGGGAGAGAGGCUGGGACCGAGGGCGGAUGAGCGGCUCCGGGACACGUUCUGGAAGACUUUGCGCAUGGGAAGCUUUCGCGUCUUUUUGCGGACAUGUUUAAAUUUGGAAAACUUGCCUCGUCUUUGCGGGACCUCAACAACAGAAAGAGACGGAGUGGGACUGUGGUGUGAAACUCUGCAGCUUGUCAGAUCUUAACAUGACUGGCUCGGCACGCACAUCCGCGAUGUGAUGGGCUGUCGCUUACUCGGCGGCGCCUCGGUGACUUCAGGUCCCCGACUGUGACCCGCUAUGAAACCAUCGAGGGUUCCAACAGCGUCGACGCGGCGGUAUGAAGUGCAACAUUUUUGAAAAAAAUCGUUCUUCCUGGAAAUGGCAAGUCGCGCCAUGCUGACGGGGCGGGCGGCGGGUUUGGUGUGCAGUGUUUUCAUCCUGACCGUGGGGCUCUGUGUCGGAUCCCCCAGCCACGGCCGCCGGCUGGUCUGCUGGAAAGCCAUCCUCAAGUGCCACGGGGAGCCGGAGUGCCAUUACGCGUACGACCAGUACCUCUACGCCUGCGCGUCUGUCCUCGGUGGGGAACGCAAGAAGUGUCCCAGUCACUGCAUAUCGUCCCUGAUUCAGCUCAACCUCACCCAGAGCGGCCCGGCUCUGGAGGACUGCGACUGCGCCCGGGACCCGGUCUGCAGGCGCACCAAGCAAGCCGUCGAGCCGUGCCUGCCGCGGACCAGCGCCGUGGGCUGCACGGAGGCGCGGCGGCAGUGCGAGGCGGACCCGUCCUGCAGCUCCGCCAUGCGGGACUAUUUGUUCCACUGCCGAAAGCUGUUCGGUGGGGAGAGGUGCUCGGACGGGUGCCGCCGGGUGAUCGCCGGCAUGCGCGCCAUCCCGAAGGCGCAGCAGCUCGACACAUGCGUGUGCGACGGCGCGGAGAGGAACAUCUGCGAGUACAUCAAGGUCAGCAUGAAAACCUUCUGCGCCGAGCGCGGCGACAGGUUCGCGGGGAGCGGGCUCUCGGACGCCGAGGACGAUUCUGAGGACGAUUACGUCGACCAGGGGGAUUAUCAGUACGUGGAGAACUCGAGUGACUCCGCGCCGUGUCAGAGUGGGCUUAUAGUCCUCCUGACCACCAUUUUGGUUUUAACCCAAUUCAUCUGAAAAGCUGCUACAGUCGGCGGCGACGCUCACUGUAAAACCAACUCUUUGUAACCGGCCAUGUUUGUCAUGAAACUGAAGGGAAAAAAUGGGGUUUUGAAUUUUUAACAUUCUGCUACUCAUCUGCACAAAUCCA